AUGACUAAUGCGGUAGAAUCUUGUGAGAUUAAUGAUGUGAAGCAGAAAGCACACGACAGUGAGGAGCGACAGAGUGACCAGCUAUCAGAGAACGGCAUGCUGAAGGAGACGAACAAUCGCCUGAUGAUGGCUAUGCAGGAGAAGGACUUUGAACUGAAGGCUCUGCAGGAGAAGGUGGCGACGCUGACAGAGCUGCUGCAGCAGACAGAGGGCGCUGGUAGCACGGCGGACAAUGUGCAGCAGCUGUUGGCAGAAAGCGAACGAAUGCAGGCGCAGGCACAGACAUUCCAGCAUGAGCGUGACCAGGUGAUGCUGGCCCUGAAGCAACGACAGGUAGAGACCGGCCAGCUACAGAGCCAGGUUCGCAGUCUCUCUGAGAGGGAGAGGAAACUACAAGCUGAAUUGGAGCGGCUGAGAGAGCAUCUGCUACAGGUGGAGCAGUCUUACACAGAGGAAGCUCUGCAGGCAGAGGGAAGGGAGAAGGAUCUGAGGAAUAGGCUGGCAGCAGCUGAAACCAAGCUCACCUCCUCCUCCAGUGCUGCACAAAAUGUCAGCUUACAAGCCAGCCUGCAGAUAGAGAGCCUGCAGGAGCAGCUACGCGUGAUCGCUGAGCAGCGGGACGGCACAGCGGCGCAGCUGAGGGCCAGCCAGACACAGGCGCAGCAGCACGCAGCAUCCCUGCACAACCUAGAGCUGGUGCUGGAGCAGUUCCAGCGAGAUCGUGAGGCUGCGCUAGGUGCUGAGGUUGACAAAUGGCAACAGCAGCUAGCUGACAGAGAGGAGGAUGUGAUCACACUAAAGACUCAACUCUCUGCUAUGCAGAACAAGGUGCUUUCAAUGGAGGAGGCUCUGGAUGCAGGGCAGCGACUCAGUGAGCAGGUUGAUAGGAAUGCAGAACUCAUCACCAGCCUCCGACAGACAGUGCAAGAGAAGGAGGCAGAAAUAGAGGAAUUGCACAACCACAUCAUUAGAUUUCAAACCCAUGAGGAGGGAAAAGUAGAUAAGCUCAUCAUAAAGAACUUAUUUCUUGGAUACUACACGACUCCCAUUAGCAAGAGGACGGAGGUGAUUCGCCUCAUAGCAAGUGUUCUGAACUUCACCCAGGAUGAAAUCGCCAAGGCAACAGGAGAAGGUCAGGGUUCAUCUUGGCUUCCAGGAUUUCUGAGGAGGUCCUCCCCAGGACCACAGGCCACACCACCCAAUACGCCCAGCAGGUCGACUAUGGCCCGUGAUGAUGCCGACAAGUCUUCCUUCUCUCAGAUGUUCAUCAAAUUCCUAGAGGUGGAGUCGACGCCGAAGGCAACGCUGCGACUGCCGGCUGAGCAGAUGGCCCAGGAGCUGCAUACCAAGACUCAUAACCCAUUCAUAUCAGCGAUGAGCACAGUGCCACCUGCUGGCUCUCGCGCUGUCAGACAGCGCCCCCCUGAGAGACACCUGCUCAUGAAGUCCUUGAACGACACCCUGCCCACCUUCCAGCCGGUCCCCGUCGAUGGGAAAAUGGACUCGGCCAUCAUCAAGACCGUCCUACAGCCGCAGCCGUAACUAUGGAGACGAGGAGUCUUUCGUUCGACCUUUGCAAUCAUCAAUGCUUAGUGUCGUGUUCAUAACGGAGGGCCUGCCAAGUUCAUCCAUGCUCCAUACUUGUUACUGCGACUGAACAACUGCUUUUACUCUAGUGUUGUGCUGCGUCACAGCACUAGGUCCAGACCGAAGAUAGCAUGUGAAACUUUUGUAGGCCUUCUCUAGCUGUUAGUUAGGCAAUUGAUCACGCAUGAAGCAUUAAAUUGUUUCCACGAAAUAUACGGAUACUAUGGCAGCAAGCAUGACUUGUGGCUUGGCUCAAGCUAUAUACUUUAUAUCUGAUCUGGUACACUUUCCCCCAGACACUUGUGAAUAUAUAUUACGAAUGCUUCCAAGUGGUAUUCAUUGGUUUGUUUUUGGUGCUUCCUUGUCAUUUGGCCUAUCCUUGUUUAUUCUUUGUUUCCUUACACAGUCAAUGGCCACGUACCAUUCCUCAGAAUUCCUCAUGAUGGAAAUAUUUUGUUGGUCUGCAGAUGUCUUUUGCAGUAAUUUAAUAAAUUAUUGUUAUGUAACUUAACAAUGCAUAAGGACCAUGAAUAGGAGAUGCCUUGCAUGACUCAAGUUAAAAAGGUGCAAGAGCUUUAUAUUGCUGUAUGUAUAUAAUGUAUAAAAAUAAUAACUGUUUAAUUUUAACUCUUAUUGAAUAUUAAAUAAAUGUAGGGUAUGUAUAGGGUACUAAUUAAUUUCCUGGGCUUAAUAAAAAAAGGUUACUGCAAUUUUGUUAACAAAUAUUAUAUCUUUACAUAGUUUGUUUUCAAACAUUUAUUACCUAUUAAUUAACAAGUGUACAGAAUGCUAACUGUCAGUAAGCAAUGUAGAAAUGAAUGCACAACUUCAAAAAAGAAAA